AUGGGCGCAUUCGGGAAUCUGAUCCCACUGGUUGUUCUCUUCUUGGUGGUUGCGGGCAUGGGCUGGGUGGGAUAUCAGGUCUACCUCUACUCGAACGAGCUCGCAGAGCGCGGCGUGCGCAAGAUGGAGAAGAAGAACGUGGUGUUCACGAAAGACGGGGCGAAGGUGGGCGUCAAGGAGGUUAGGACCGAGGACUAUGCGGACCGGACGCAGAAGGCGUUUGUCAAGACGUGGAAUGCGGCGCAGGAGAAGGCGUAUGUUCUGCCUAUACUCUGCACCGGCCGAAUUGGAAGAGCCUGA